CGUUUUCAAAUCAAAUCGCUUUGAGGCGAAGGAGUUCGAAAACAGAAGGCUUGGUCUACGUGCGCAGAGUCGCACGUCUUUUGGCGAUCAGGAGACAGAGACACACUUGUGGUUCAGGGGCCACUUCAAACGAGGCCCUCGAAUACAGAUGAGUCAAAACCAACACAUGCACAUACGCGCUAUUUGCAUUUUAAACAAUUCUUUUGUCAAUGCUCGAGUGUCAUGUGAUCAUCCAGGAGAUGUUCCACUUGUCGUUGUGGUCUUCGCGGUCAGGACUGCUGAAUCCACACACAUCAUCGCUAAUGGAUGAAGAUUUUGCAAUAUAAGGAAAUUUACCAGUAUGCCACGUCCAGUGCACGAGUCACACGGGUUAUCUGUAAAAACGUGGGCAGAGGAGGAGAGUGACUAUGCUGACAGCACACUUAGCAGAGGGCAGUCGAUGUGUGAUGACACGUCCUCGGAAUUGCAGAGAAUGGCCGCCAUUGAACGGAGAGAUGUCAACUCGCAGAAUUCCUUCCGUGGCCGAGGUGCUCUCUCCAGGAUAGUGAAUAUGGUGAUUAGUGUCAGAGAAUGGGCCCAGAAGAGCGUGGCCGAGGAGGCGGAGCGGCCCGAUUCUUUUCUGGAACGUUUCCGGGGCCCCGCCCACUUAGACAUACACGCCCCACCCAGCGGUUUUAGUCACAGCCACAACGGCUCUGAUGUAGACAGUGAAAUGAGACGCACCAAAAGAAGGAGGAACUGUAACAAUGUCAUCUUAUCGCCAUCGGAUGAUGUGUAUUACCACUGGCUGAUGGUGAUUGGUCCUGCUGUUUUUUAUAACUGGACCCUAUUAGUCGUCAGGGCCUGUUUUGACGAGCUGCAGAUGAGGAAUGUUUUGGUGUGGCUGGUCAUGGACUACAUCUGUGAUGGAGUCUACAUUCUCGACAUAGCUGUUCGUCUUCAUACAGGUUUCUUGGAGCAAGGACUGAUGGUGAAAGAUGGCCAGCGUUUGAGGGAAACCUAUAUCCGGACCUUCCAGAGUAAACUGGACAUCUGCUCCAUCCUUCCAACUGAUCUGUUAUAUUUGACUUAUGGACUCAGUCACGCUCCCCUUCUUCGAUUUAAUCGUUUGCUGCGCCUGCCACGGCUGUUUGAGUUCUUUGAACGUACAGAAACAAGAACAGGUUACCCGAAUACCUUCCGCAUCUGUAAACUCAUCGUAUACAUCCUGGUGAUCAUCCACUGGAAUGCCUGCGGAUAUUACAGUUUCUCCAAAGUCCUAGGACUGGGCUCAGACUCCUGGGUUUAUCCCAAUUCCUCUGAUCCAGAGUUUGCCUCCCUGACCAGAAGUUACAUAUACUGCCUGUACUGGUCCACUUUGACGCUGACGACCAUCGGCGAGACUCCACCUCCUGUGAGAGAUGAGGAGUAUCUCUUCCUCAUAUUUGAUUUUCUGGUAGGCGUUCUAAUUUUUGCCUCCAUUGUGGGGAAUGUUGGAGCCAUGAUUUCGAAUAUGAAUUCUACAAGAGCAGGCUUUCAGGCUCGUGUAGACUCUCUGAAACAUUACAUGCACUUCAGGCAUGUCAACAAGGUGCUGGAACAGCGUGUCAUUCGGUGGUUUGACUACCUCUGGACCAAUAAGAAGACUAUUGAUGAACAGGAAGUGCUCAGGAGCUUACCCAGUAAACUAAGAGCAGAGAUUGCAAUCAACGUUCACCUGGACACACUGAAGAAGGUGCGUAUUUUCCAGGACUGUGAGGCAGGCCUCUUGGUAGAGUUGGUGCUCAAACUUCAGCCACAGGUUUUCAGUCCCGGGGACUACAUCUGUAGAAAGGGAGAUGUGGGUAAGGAGAUGUAUAUCAUUAAAGAUGGCCGCCUUGCCGUGGUGGGGGAGGAUGGAGCCGCCCAGUUAGCUGUCCUCACAGCAGGCAGCUGCUUCGGAGAAAUCAGCAUCCUGAAUAUCAGCGGCAGCAAGAUGGGGAACCGACGUACAGCUAACAUCCGCAGUCUGGGAUACUCGGACCUUUUCUGCCUUUCCAAACAAGACCUGAUGGAUGCGCUGCAUGAGUUCCCUCACGCCAGGGCCCAACUGGAACAGAGGGGUCGGGAUAUCCUGCGGAAGGAGGGCCUCCUGGAAGAAGUCAGUGUGUCUGCCGGGGAGCAGCUGGAGGAGAAGGUGGAGAGGUUAGAAACCGGUGUGGAUCGACUACAGACAAGUUUGGCACGUCUGCAGAGUGAGUUCCACUCUGCUCAGCUCCGAACGAAGCAGCGAAUGACAACCCUCGAGCACAGCAUCGCCAUGGUAACCGCAGGCAGCGGUUUCCUGUCAGAUACAGACUGCAACGACAGCACCUCUGGUGGCAACGGAAUGCGGAGCCAAAUAAAUAUUCGGCUCUAAAAGGACCUACAACGUCUCGAUGGCCUAACAAGUUGAUGUAUUUGUUGCUCAAGAAAAUGAAACUGGCAGUCCUUUCCAAUAAUAUCAAUCAAUGUUGGAACAAUUGGUAAAUAACCAAUAGUCGUGGGAACGCCGCUUUUAAAUCAUCAUAAUUGAUACGCCGCCAUGGAUUGUACUAUACUAUACUAAGUGAGUGUAUUUAGUCAUAUUUUGUAUGUCGGGCGGAAUCCCAGCACAUCCAAAACCUUUCGGUAAAUGAGUUUCCAACCACCGCUUCAAGUUGAUAUUAUACCUUAUAUUGCUAUCAUGCACCGUUCGUGGCACAUUAAGACAACAGCACCCUGAAAUUAUGUUCAUCUAUUGUCACUAUCAAAACUUUUUUAGAAUCUAUUAUCCUAUAGAGAUUCCGUUGAGUACUUGAGUAUUG